AUGCUUUCCAACAAAUUGGCUAUCGCAGGCCUAUCCUUGGGCCAACACCCCUCCCAUUCACUCGAGCACAAAAUCGAGGCGGCUGCCCAAGCUGGAUACGCAGGCAUAGAGAUUGUAUACUCUGAUUUGCAAGCGUAUUCCAAGUCACACAAGCUGUCUAUGUUGGAGGGAGCCGAGAGAAUCAGAAACCUGUGUCAAAGUGUCAACUUGGAGAUACUCUCCCUGGCCCCGUUUGAGAACUACGAAGGAGAUCGAUCGCCUUUGAGUGACAGAUUGGAAAAGGCUACUCAUUGGAUUGAGAUAGCGAGAACUCUUCGGGCGCCAUAUUUGCAAAUCCCCUCCAACUAUAAAUCAGACGCGAUUGGCGAUGAGGAUGUUAUUAUCUCAGACCUCCAGCAUCUGGCGGCUAUCGGAGAUGCCAAGCAGCCCCGUGUCUCGAUCGCAUAUGAAUUUUUAUCCUGGGGAACCCAUUGUUCCACAUGGGAGACCGCCCUGCAAUAUGUGAAUGCGGUUAAUCGACCGAACUUCGGACUCUGUUUGGAUACUUUUCAUAUUGGCACAAAACUUUGGGGCGACCUUUUUGCUCCAUCAGGGAGGUUCCCUGACUCGGAUGCGGUACUCAAGGACUCACUGAGUCGAUUUACUGCCGAAAUUCCCGUGGACAAGAUCUUCUUCCUGCAGCUAUCCGACGCCGAAAGAAUUGAUCCUCCUUUCUCCAAAGACCAUCCGUGGUAUGUGGAGGGUGAAGCGCCUGAAUUCACUUGGUCCAAGCAUGCACGUCCAUUUCCAUACGAGCAUGACCUCGGUGCAUACCUUCCUAUCACCGAUAUCGCCAAGGCCUGGAUCGUUGACAUCGGGUUCAAAGGCUGGGUUUCCAUGGAGAUCUUUGACCGAGGUAUGAAAAGCAAGGACAGUCGACCAGAGACCGCUGCCUUUAGAGGGAUUGAGUCAUGGAAAACUCUUCAAAGGGAGUUGGAGAAUUGCGAAUAG